AUGCGGCGACACCGCACCGAAUUCGUGCGCGCGUUCCCCGCGCGCAUCGCGCUCCUCGCACUAUUGGCGUCGAUUCAUUGCGCGACGCGCGCGCGCGCGGAGUCUCCCACCAUCGGCGCGGGCGACGCGCACACGUGCGCCAUCGACGGUGCGAACGCACUGUGGUGCUGGGGCGCGAAGGAUGACGACCGGUGCGACGCCCCGCGCGGGCCACACGUCGCCGUCGCCGUCGCGAAGGGCGGCUGCCACGCGUGUGCGAUCGCUUCCGACGCGUCGAUGAGCUGCUGGGGAUGCGACGAGCGCUUACAAGCGAGCGGGAUCCCGACGUCCUCGGACACGCUCCGCGGCUGGGUCGCCGUCGCGUGCGGAAAGACGUUCUCUUGCGGCAUCGUCAACGACGGCUCGGGGAACGUCCGGUGCUGGGGCGAGCCGCUGCCCGCGAUAGGGACGCGCGAUGCUUGGGUAGGGCCGUUCGCGACUGUCGUUGCAGGAGAGGAUUACGUCUGCGCGCUGGGCAAGGACGACGGGCUCGCGCGAUGCCGCGGGUGGGAUUCGAGCGCGCAGGCGAGCAUCCCCGCGACGCUCGCGAACGUCGCGUUCGUUGCGAUCGCCGCUGGGUUCGCGCACACUUGCGGAGUGACGCGCACGGAAAAGUCGCUGCGAUGCUGGGGCGGGAACGUCGCGGGCGAGAGCGCGCUCCCGAAUGCGACGUCGGCCGGCGGCGAUGGCGGCGGGUACGCGACCGGAGCGACCGUCGUCGCCGCCGCCUGGGGAGCCAUCGGCGUCGGCGCGCGAUGGACAUGCGGCGUUGUCGGCAGCGCGCGGGAGCUCACGUGCUGGGGUUUGCGGCGCGAUUAUCCGCCAGCAGCGGCGGCACACUUUGAAGAGUACGGCCAGGUCCACAGCUCCGGUGCGGUGGUGUCCAAAAAUGGUGCAUGUGCGUGGGACGUCGUAGCCGUUGGAAAGCGCCACGCGUGCGGGAUCACCGCGUCGUCCAGCGACGCUGGUCCCGCGGGAAGUGCAAUGUGCUGGGGUGACGAUUCUCACGGGCAGUCCGCACCGCCGGGCGAGGGCGACGGUGUAGUCUUGCCGUGGAAGGCUUGGCCGACGGAGACCGAGGUGAACGCGACGGGGAGCGCAAUUCUGGCACUGAAAACUUCCGCUGGGGCAACUGCGCUGUGCGACGCGGACGUCGUCGCGAGCGGCAGCGCGGGAGUGUGGAGGGCACGCGCGGUGGAGAGACGCGCGCUCGCUCGUCGGGGUCGCGGGUUUGGGGGAGGGCGCGAGUGCGCGCACAAGUGA